CGCUGCCCAGGGUAGUACAGUGGGUGCUGAAAGAAGAAAAAUGGCUCUCGACAAUUUCAUUUUUGCUCAGUGCAUCCUAUAUUUCUUGGCGUUUGUGUUCGGCUUCAUUGCUGUAGUACCUCUCUCAGAAAACGGCGAUGAUUUUCAGGGGAAAUGUCUGCUUUUCACGCGGGGCAUGUGGCAGAACGAGAACAUCACUGUAGCCAAGCAGCGCUUCAUCGUUGAGGAGUGGGGACCAGAGUCCUCCUGCAGUUUCAUCACUUUUGUCGGGAUAGUCUCCCUCGUUCUUUCAGCAGUCCAGGCGUGGAGAUUACUCUUCUUUCUUUGCAAAGGCCACGACGACUCCAUAUUCAACGCCUUCCUCAAUCUGAUACUCAGCUCCUUUGUGGUGUUCGCCAUCUUUGUGGCCAGCACCAUUGUCACUGUGGGCUUCAACCUAUGGUGUGAUGCCAUCACAGAGGAUGGGGCCAUGCCAAGCAGUUGUGAGGAAUUGCAGGACACUGAUUUGGAGCUUGGCUUUGACAAUUCUUCUUUCUACGACCAGUUUGCUAUUGCACAGUUUGGCCUGUGGGCUGCCUGGCUGACCUGGCUGGGCAUCACCAUGCUGGCCUUCCUGAAAGUGUACCACAACUACCGGCAGGAUGACCUGUUAGACAGCCUGAUCCACGAGAAGGAGCUGCUGCUCAGUCGCUCGUCCCGCCGGGGGUCGGACGCGGAAGAGAAGAGCGGCAUGAUAUAACCUCCACCGGAAGUGUGUGCUACAAACUUCCCCCACAGGCAUAGCAGAGGAAUGUCGAGAAGCCAUUUCAGAAUACAGUCAAAUACACCAUUCUAUGACAUCUUGUCAGACAUUUUGUCUAAGGAUGUGAGUUAUAGAAAUUCUGCAGCCGGUAUAAGUUCUCAAUAUUUGUAUGGCCUGUAGUGGGAGGUGCCCAUAUCUCCCUGGUUUACAUUACAGCACAAACUGCAACCAUUUCCACAUUCCAAGCUUAGAACAGACAUCAGCUUAUGAAGGAAAAAUGUUACAAAAUAUAAUAACAUGCUUACCUUAUUAUUAACAGAGAACACAACUCUUGAGAGCAACUGAGUCUUUGGAUAGCUUUGCUUGUUAGUGUAAUUCAUCUUUUUAAUUCAUCAAAAAGAUGAAUUAAAAAAGCUUAAUGAAUAACAUGUCCAGAAGGCUAUGAUUAGGCUAAAUUUUUAGCGUGACAUUAAUUUAAUUUGGAGCAUCGGAAAGAAAUGUGUCACACUAAAUAUGUUGAAGCUAUUAUUGGCCAAACCCAAUGCGUCUCCAGUAUUAUCAUGUAUCCCUAAUGUGAUCCCUUUAUUGGCAGAGGGGCAAUGUUUUACUCCCAGUUGUGCCACAGUUCUGAUCCUGAUUUCUACAGAUACAGUCAGUUAAAAUACAGGGCUAAGAACCGGCUAAUCCAACAAAGGUUUCUUUUGUGUUCGGCUUUGUGAAAGUAUUUAUGUAUUCCUAACAUAGUCUGUCAUCCCCCUUAAGGCACACAUCAAGCAUAAAUGAGCAACAAGAAGCCAUUUAAUAGGAAAGUAACGUUGCAUUGAACAUUUCUUCCCGUGCCCAGCUUUGCAAUACAAAGCUAAUAAUUCCUCUCUGAACUGAUUCUAAAGCGACAAGAAUGACUGAAUCAUUAUUUCUCUCUUGUCAUCCCGUAGAUCCCCAAUGGAAUUGGAAUAACUUGAUAUAUUUACUUCAUGAUAACUGCCAGUUCCAGCAUUAUAAUAUGCAACAGAAAUGCCAGAAUUGCAAAUGAGCAAUCUGCUUUUGAAUAUUUAACAAAGCAAACCAAUAAACAAGACGACUAUAGUUUACAAUAGCUGUCACUGAAACAUAUCAAACUAGAAAUGGGCACUCUAGAUGAGUUUUCAAAUAAUUCAAUCCUUUUCUUCCACAAGAACUAUAACUUAAUUUUCAUCAUAAAUAAUGAACCUGCAAAUUGCAGGAUAUUUGCAUUGUUACACUUCUAGGCAGGAUAACUGCCUUUUAUAUUUCUCAUAUUUACAGUUCUUACUGUAGGCCCUCUUUGAUGUUUCAUCUGUGUUAAUUGACAAACCUUGGAUAAAUUAUCAUUUUUAACAGAACACUCCUGAAUAGACUCACAGUAUAAAGUUUCAUCAAAACCUGUGUUUUACAAAAAGAUUUGUGUGUGUGUGUUUUUGUGUGUGUGUGUGUGUGUGUGUGUGUGUGUGUGUGUGUGUGUGUGCGUGCACAUAUGCGUACAGCACACAUGGGUCAAAUAAUUAGUAUUACAGUGUAGCUACAGGGACCAGGUGAGGAUUAUGGGGGAAGUUUGUAAAUAACCGCCUUCUCUUGAUGUGCGCAUUUCGUGUGGCUGAACUGGUGGCUUAGUGACCUCAGUACUUUGCAUGCUGCAGCAAGAUGUAGUGUGUGCUUUCUCAGUGUCCCAUGUACACAGCUAGCAAGCACUGUAUUUUGUAAAAAGCUCAGACGUUAUACAUUGACAGAUGUGGUAAUGGCUCAGCUAUUUAUGAACCUUUUCUUAUUGCCUGACCACUAACCUUCCCACCAUUGUUGUGUACAAUUUAUAGCUGUGUAAAUCUCUCAUAAGCUCUUUUCUCAGUGACCGUAAGAGAUUUAUUUUUUAAUUUGCAAAUUCUACAUUACCUCCCAACCCCUGGAAAUACAUGGUUUACACCAGCAGUUGCCUACACCCCAAAACUUUAAGUCAAAUGCUUUAUAAGUCUAUACCAUUAGUCUAGACCUUAAUGUGUUUUAUGGCAUAGAAGCGUGUCUCUAUAAUACAGGCCUUGCUUGAACAUACUGUUUAGUUCUGUGAUAAAUAAUUAUAUCCUAUAUUUGAUCAUACUUUCGCCCAACUUCACAUUCCUGCUUAGGCUUUUGAAUCGACAGCAGUCUUUUCGCUGACUGUGUGCUGCAGGGCAAGAUGUGGGAGACACUCUGGUUCACAAAGACGGUUUUAUUCAAAAUAAUUUAAAUAAAAAAAUAAAGGUAGAAACAAGCAAGACCUUAUAAAAAGCACUUUUAAAUGUGGUUGCAUACAUGUUACCUGUGGUGAAACACAGGUACAAAUCAAAGUUCAGCAAUGACAGACCAUGUCAACUUUCUGGGGAUAUUUUUUUAUUGCUUGAGAGGGGUGACAGUUCAGUAGGAAUGACAGAAUAUGAAACAUUCAGUGUUAAUACCGACAGUAUUCUUCUGGAAACCUUUACAUCAUAUUGCUUUGAAAUUCAAGUGUAACAUUUGCACUGUCUUGCUUUAUUGUGUUCCCUGAAACCUGUCAUGUAAAGAAUGCAAAUUAUUGGAAAGUGUUUUGUGUUUUAUCGCUUUCAAAUUAAAAUAAUGCAUAGCAUACAUUUA